CUUCUGCGAGAGAAAAAGUUCAAACAAACAAUUCCCCAAAUAAAGGUGGAGGAUGAUGAGGACUGUACACAUGUAAAGGCCACCGCUGCACUCAGAAGGGCGGCUACCUUCUACUCUGCCUUGCAAUCACCUCACGGCCACUGGCCUGCUGAAAAUGCCGGUCCCAUGUUUUUCGCUCCUCCCUUGGUCAUCUCGCUCUAUAUUACGGGGCAUAUUAGUAAGAUGUUAUCUGCAGAGCACCAUAAGGAAAUGCUUAGGUAUAUAUAUUGUCAUCAGAACGAGGAUGGUGGGUGGGGAUUACACAUACAGGCCCCCAGUAUGAUCUUCUGUACAAUUCUGAACUACAUUUGCAUGCGUCUACUCGGAGAAGGACCCGAAGGUGGUUUACACAACGCUUGCGCAAGAGCACGCAAGUGGAUUCUUGAUCAUGGUGGCGCAACACAUUCAUCAUCCUGGGGAAAGGUUUACAUGGCGUUACUCGGUGUGUAUGAGUGGGAGGGAUGCAACCCUAUGCCCCCAGAGUAUUGGAUUUUCCCAUCUUUGUUCCCUUUGCAUCCAGCACAAAUGAACUGCUACUGCCGCUUGACUUACUUACCUAUGUCUUACCUGUUUGGGAAAAAAUUUGUUGGCCCCAUCACACCACUCGUUCUACAACUAAGAGAAGAAAUGUACAAUCAGCCACACAAUGAGAUCGACUGGGGCAAAGCACGGCAUCUCUGUGCAAAGGAGGAUAACUACCACCCCCAUGGCAAGUUACAGUGUUUGAUAUGGGAUACUCUUAACACAGUUUAUGAGCCACUUCUUUCUUGCUGGCCCUUCAAAAAAUUGAGAGAGAAGGCUCUUCAAGAAACUAUUAAAGACAUUCAUUAUGAAGAUGAGAAUAGUAGAUACAUAACAAUCGGAGCAGGGGAAAAG